UUUCAUUUCACUCGUGCCGACAAUGCGGCUUAUUUAAACAUUUGUGCUUUUGUUGUUGUUGUUAGACCGUGGUAUGCCUUGGUUUGGUUAUGCGCGAGAAUGUGCGUCGUCUAAUACAAUCUAAGAUGAGAUAAUGAGCUCGAGGAGCGUCUUCAUUGGGUUGAGUGAUGAGAAAACCUACACAGAUAACGUAUAAACUAAUAGAUAUGUGCAGGCUAAUAUACAGUAUAGGGCCGUUUCAAUAUCAGACGAAUCGAUUAAGCAGUGCUUGCUAAAGGGGCACGUCUCAAUCCGACCAAUCGGUUCCUCGAGGAUGCAUAUUAGAGCAUAGUCGUGACAUGUCUAUUAACGGGGACACAGCAACGAGGAAUGUAGAUGUUGCUCAUAACGUUGCAUUAGCAUGUAAUACUGUAUCUGAUUUACCUGCUUGUUUACAGAUUAGUGUUUGAAUUAUUGCAGCAUUAUUGUUUGUUUGUUUUUUGUUUUUUUGUCGGAUCUGUUGCGCAGGUGUUACAGCGGAUGAAUCUGGGACACUAAACAGUCGCCAUGAAGCAUUUUCUAAGGGUGCUGACCCAGUUCCUGGUGUUUCUGUACUGCAAAUGUUUGUGGCGAGGUUUGAAGUUUAUCUUCAGGAAGGUGACAGGACGAUGUGAGCUGCAGCGGAUCUGCUACAACAACAAGCCUGGUGCCCGCCGAACCCUCAAGAUCGAAUCCUCACUCAAAUGUUCUAAAAGUGAGCUUCUGCAGAAUGCUCUCAGUGUUCAUCCAGAUGCUGUUGAGAAGACCAUAGAUGACAUCAUGGCCCUGAAAAAGAUCAACCCUGACACAAAUCCACAGCUGGCCAUCUCUCUGCAGGCGAGCCUCUUCCAGAUAGUGGGCUACAGGAACCUGGUGCUGGAGGUGGAGAAGCUGCGCAGGGAGCCAUACGACUGCGAAAAUCCAGAUCAUGAAGAGAUGCUUAUGAAGCUGUGGAAGACGCUUCGUCCUGAUUCUGCCCUCACUGGCCGCAUCUCUAAACAGUGGUGUGAAAUUGGCUUCCAAGGCAGUGACCCCAAAACAGACUUUAGGGGCAUGGGGUUAUUGGGUUUGCACAACCUACUGUAUUUUGCCGAGCACGACAAGGCUGCUGCUCUCCAAGUGCUGCACGACUCUCUGCAGCCCAAACACAGUAAGAUGAGCAAAGCUGACUGGGAGAAGCAGAAAUUCGACAAAGCUAUCGGAUACUCCUUUGCCAUUGUCGGCAUCAACAUCACGGACCUGGCCUACUCCCUGCUGGUGAGCGGAGCUCUGAAGACUCAUCUGUACAACGUGGCACCUGAGAUGCCCAGCCUGAUUCACUUCCAGCAAACCUUCUGUUAUCUGAUGCAGGAGUUCCACCGGUUCUGGAUCGAGGAGGACCCAUGUGACAUCAUGGAGUUUAACCGAGUGCGCGCCAAAUUCCACAAGCACGUCCUGAAGCAGCUGAAAAAUCCCGACAUGGCACUGUGCCCUCAUUUCACCGCCUCCGACCUUCACCUGGUCAACCUGUAGCUCCUCACCUCAUCCCUCAUCUCUGACCUCUUACCAUUCUUCACUAUGUCUAAGCUUUCUGUCAUCACUGCCGACUGGAUGGAGCUGUUUUUGUUCACACACAUGAACACAUGAAGUCAGUAUUUAUGGCUGCGCUGCUCUCUCUGUCAGACAUUUAGUAAGCUCACAUCACCAGCAUCACUGAAGACCACGGUGAAUGUACACGUGCACAACGUUAUCUCUACUGAAUUUAGCACACCCUCACUGACUUGCAGUUCAGACGCAUGUAACGCUGCAACAUCCAAUUUCGAAUCUGAUCGGAUGAUGUGAAUAUAGGCUGCCAAUAUUGCUGAUGGAGAUUCAGCCAAAGGGACGUGUUUGAGGUAAGGUAAAGUCAAUGAGGGCUUGUUAAAACAGUAUUGGAACACAUCCUGUUGCAAAGACAUUUAUUUCCUUUGCACUGGACACAGCAUUGACACUGUAAUCUUUUUAAUAUUUGGUUUUAAAGGAAAAAUCCACCCUGAAUGACUUACAUAUUAGUCUUUAUGAUUAAUGGGACCUUUAAUGUCAUCCAAGAUUUAUUUUACAAUGAAAUUAUGAGUUGGCUUUUUUGAGUUUAAAACUUCUUCCAUUGACUUGUUAGUCUGUUUUCGCUUUGGUGAAUGGUUUCCUACGUUACCUCAUAGCGGUGCAGUCAGAUUUGAUUAGAUUCAGCCCUUUCUUCAUCUCUACCUAAAGAGAGCGAUGCAGCAGUGCUUUAGUCCUUUUGUAUUACAUAGUAGUUUUGUUUACAGUGAAAGUUGAACCUACAAGGGAGUAGUAUUUAUUUAAGCUUUAACUUAUAACUUAAGGUUAGGGUAACACUACUUCACUUAGUGCAACUCUUAAUUAUUUUUAGUCGUGCAUAAACUUGAACAUAGUGGUCAUUUAUGUACAAACUAGUCUAUGACAGCACUUAUGUUUACUUUCUUAUUAAUACCAAUA